GCACCCCCCCUACCCCCAUCACCAUGCCGUCCCCAGAGGCCCCCAGAAGGAACAGGUCAGGGAUUGGUUUUGGGAAUGUAGUGCCCCAUUUCUGGGAAGGAGAAGGUUCCCCAGGUGAUGGAACAUGUAAUAGGUGUAUGGCUGGCCUAGCACUUGGGGAGUGGUGGGAGGGAGAGCCUGGGGGAUGUGGGCAGAACUCAUAUCUGAAGGAGGAAAGUGGAGGUGGAGUGAUGGGGUCCCAAGGAAGGAGCAGAUUGGGGGCUGUGAAUGGGACCUCACUGGGGUUGGGCAGAUGGGGCUGGAACAGGCACCCAAGUGUGGAAAAAAAAGCUGAAACGCCCAUGUCUGCGAGUGGAGGGCAGAUGGGGAGACAGGCCAAGCCAGGGUAGGCAGGAGAGUUAAGGAGCCAGGCAGCUGGGUCCCGUGGCAAGAGUGGCCGCCCCAGAGUGGGUGGCCGUGGGGCAGAGCGCCUGGUUCCGGGUUAGGCAAUGAGGAGCCGGGGCCAGGCCUGUCAGGUGGCAGGAUCGUUAGGGCCCCGUGGCCAUGGGUACCCCACACUGCAGCCACUGCUGCUGCUGAGUAGGCAGAUGCACCGGGCUGAUUACCACGCUCCUCCCGGCCACACCAACUUCCCCCAGGGCACCCACCCCCUCCACCUCUCCUCCCCUCCCCACAGUGACUCCUGCCCAGGGAAUGUCCAGCUCUGGCAUAAAGGACCCGGGUGUCCUCGAGCUGCCGUCAGUCAGGAGGCUGUGCAGGCCGAGAUGGGCUUGUCUCGGGCACCCUGGAUGGGGCGUGUGGGCGGGCGCGGGAUGAUGGCACUGCUGCUGGCUGGUCUCCUUCUGCCAGGGACCUUGGCUAAGAGCAUUGGCACCUUCUCAGACCCCUGUAAGGACCCCACGCGUAUCACCUCUCCUAAUGACCCCUGCCUCACUGGAAAGGGUGGCUCCAGUGGCUUCAGUAGCUACAGUGGCUCCAGCGGUUCUGGCAGCUCCAUUUCCAGUGCCAGUGGCUCUAGUGGUGGCUCUGGCAGUGGCUCCAGUGGAUCCAGCGUUGCCCAGGGUGGUUCUGCAGGAUCUUUUAAGCCAGGAACAGGGUAUUCCCAGGUCAGCUCCUCCUCCGGAUCUGGCUCUAGUCUACAAGGUGCAUCCAGUUCCUCCCAGCUGGGAGGCAGCGGCUCCCAGCCCGGCAGCGGCUCCCAGCCCGGCGGCAGCGGCUCCCAGCCCGGCGGCAGCGGCUCUCACUCAGGAAGCAGUGGCUCUAACGCAGGAAGCAGCGGCUCUAAUACAGGAAGCAGUAGCUCUCACUUGGGAAGCAGCAGCUCUCAUUCCAGCAGCAGCAGCACCUUUCAGUUCAGCAGCAGCAGCUCCCAAGUAGGGAGUGGCUCUGCUCUGCCAACCAGUGACAACGCUUACCGCGGAAUACUAAACCCUUCCCAGCUUGGACAAAGCUCUUCCUUUUCCCAGACCAGUGGCCAAAGGGUCAGCUCCAACCAGCGUCCCUGUAGUUCAGACAUCCCCGACUCUCCCUGCAGUGGAGGGCCCAUCAUCUCACACUCCGGCCCCUACAUCCCCAGCUCCCACUCUGUGUCAGGGGGUCAGAGGCCUGUGGUGGUGGUGGUGGAGCAGCACGGUUCUGGUGGCCCUGGAGUGGUUCAAGGUCUCCCCUGUAGCAACGGUGGCCUUCCAGGCAAGCCCUGUCCCCCAAUCACCUCUGUAGACAAAUCCUAUGGUGGCUACGAGGUGGUGGGUGGCUCCUCUGACAGUUACCUGGUUCCAGGCAUGACCUACAGUAAAGGGAAAAUCUACCCUGUGGGCUACUUCACCAAAGAUAACCCUGUGAAAGGCUCUCCAGGGGUCCCUUCCUUUGCAGCUGGGCCCCCCAUCUCUGAGGGCAAAUACUUCUCCAGCAACCCCAUCAUCCCCAGCCAGUCGGGAGCUUCCUCAGUCAUUGCGUUCCAGCCAGUGGGGACUGGUGGGGUCCAGCUCUGUGGAGGCGGCUCCACAGGCUCCAAGGGACCCUGCUCUCCCUUCAGUUCUCGAGUCCACAGCAGUUCUAGCAUUUCCAGCAGCUCCGGUUCACCCUACCAUCCCUGCGGCAGCACUUCCCAGAGCCCCUGCUCCCCGCCAGGCACCGGCUCCUUCAGCAGCAGCUCUAGUUCCCAAUCCAGUGGCAAAAUCAUCCUUCAGCCUUGUGGCAGCAAGUCCAGCUCUUCUGGUCACCCUUGCAUGUCUGUCUCCUCCUUGACACUGACUGGGGACCCCGAUGGCUCGCCCCAUCCUGAUCCCUCCGCUGGUGCCAAGCCCUGUGGCUCCGGCAGUGCUGGAAAGAUCCCCUGCCGCUCCAUCCGGGAUAUCCUAGCCCAAGUGAAGCCUCUGGGGCCCCAGCUAGCUGACCCUGAGGUUUUCCUACCCCAGGGAGAGUUACUCGACAGUCCAUAAGUCAACUUUCGUGUGUGUGCAUGCCUUGGGCACAAACAAGCACAUACACUAUAUCCCAUAUGGGAGAAGUCCAGUGCCCAGGCACAGGGUCAGCUCAGUUUCCCUCCUCCUUCCCCAAAGAAUGGCUCUGCUUUCUCCACUACCCCAAGGUUGCAGACUCUCUCUUAUCACCCCUUCCUCCUUCCUCUUCCCAAAAUGGUAGAUUCAAAGCUCCUCUCUUGAUUCUCUCCUACUGUUUAAAUUCCCAUUCCACCGCAGUGUCCCUCAGCCAGAUCACCACCCCUUACAAUUCCCUCUGCUGUGUCUUUGAAAUGGUCCAUUGAGUAACACCCCCAUCAGCCUCUCAACUGGGAAACCCCUGAAAUGCUCCCAGAGCACCUCUGACGCCUGGAAAAGUUAUACCUUCCUCUUCCCCUUUACCAAAUAAAGCAAAGUCAAACCAUCAUCUGGAAA